AUCACAUGAAUAUUAUCUUGUCAAAUCUCCCCAUGGUGAAAAUUAUCGUUUACAACUUGCAAAAUCAAGACACUUGGCUGGUAUUAGAACAUCUAGAGGAAAUCGAGAAUCUAAUGAAGACCGAUAUCAAACUCUAGUUCUUGAAUUUAACAAACUUGAUAAUGUUAAUUUUAAUGGUAAUGUAGAACAUAUCCAUAUAGAUAAAAAAAUUUCUGAAACAAAUGGUCAAGAAGAAGAAGGCAAAGAUGGCCAAAUAUGUUAUUUUGCUUUAUUUGAUGGUCAUGGAGGUUCUCAAUGCGCAGAUUAUCUAGUCGAUAAUCUUCAUAAACGGAUUGAAGAUAUCCAGGCUUCUGAUGCGGAUGACACUAUAUCUCAAUGGAGAAAAGCUGGAGGCUAUUUUCGAAGGUUUCUGCCUCCUUCACUAGUUCCAUUAUUAAGUCCCGAGACAAUUAAACCUACUAAUAUACGACAAAAUACAAUUACUUCUGAAGAAAAUUCGAAUUCCAGCAAACGUAAUUCUUCUAAAGAACUGUCACCUUCAUCAACAAAUCCAAUAUCGAAUGAAUCAACAAAAUUUGAACUUACUUUAGAACAGCGACUUACAUUAUCAUUUUUAAAAACUGAUCUAGAACUUAGGGAUUCUAUUGGUCGGUCAAUCGGUUCUACAGCAUCGAUUGCACUUGUAAAAUCAUUAGAUGGUCGAACAUUUUGGUCAAGCGAAGAACUGGAAAUUACUGUUGCCCAUGUUGGUGACACUCGUGUGUUAUUAUGUGAUGCUCAUUCGGGAAACGCUAUACCUUUAACAUUUGAUCAUCAUCCAAGCUCUGUUACAGAACUUGAUAGAUUACAAAAAUAUGGUGGUUACGUAAUUACUGAUUCUUUUGGUUCCGAUAUGAUAUUGGGAAAAUUAGCUAAUACUCGAGCAUUUGGUGAUUCUAAAAUGAAGAGGUAUGGAAUAUCAGCGGAACCAGAAAUCAUUAGUAAAAUGGUUAAAGGUGAUGAUGUCGCAUUUAUGGUAUUAGUUUCGGAUGGCGUAACGUCAGUCUUAAGCAACCAGGAAAUAGUUGAUUGU